AUGCUGAGGGGAGGAUCUGGCCCCAAACUUGCGGGGUGGAGGAGCUGGGUUAACCGGGGAAGGGGCAACUCUCACUUCCAGGUCCAUCAGAGAGCGGAGGAAUGUGUGAGAGCGCUCCGGCUCUUCGAGGACAUCAGCAGCGGUAAACCUGUCCCGAACGUCCUUCACUUCGACUUCGACCUCUCCGUGCUGAAGGACAGCGUUGAUCUGACCAAAGUCGCUGUCAUGGGCCAUUCCUUCGGUGGGGUGACAGCAGUGCUGGCCUUGGUGAAAGAGCCCAGCUUCAGGUGCGCGGUGGCUCUCGACGCCUGGAUGUUCCCUCUGGAGAACGCGCUGUACCCGGAGGUGCCCAAGCCUGUGCUCUUUAUCAACACCGAGAAGUUCCAGACACCAGAAAACAUUGCCAAAAUGAAGAGGCUGAGCUCUAGAAACAGCCAGACAAAGAUUAUAACCAUCCUGGGAUCCGUGCACCAGAGCCAGACCGACUUCACCUUUCUCACUGGGAAGCUCAUCAACCGCAUCUUCAGCACGAGGGGGACCCUCGACCCCUACAAGGGUCUGGACAUCACCAGCCGGGCAGCUCUGGCCUUCCUGCAGAGGCAUCUCAACCUGGAAGGGGAGUUCGAUCGAUGGGACAACCUCCUCGAAGGCAUCGGAGACUCGGUUGUUCCAGAAGCACCGUUUUUCCGCUCCAACCUGUAG